CAUUUUUCUGAUUUCCUCCCGGCCUGGCGGAGAGCAUUAACAGGGGAUUCAGAUACGACGGCGAGAGUGAAGAGGGAAGGUGCGAAGAGACGGAGAUGUUCUUUAGGGUUUAGUUGCGAUUCUUCGUUUGGAGCAACCUGCUCUCUGUCUUGGCUCGAGAUUCCCGAGCCAAGACGAAGAACUCCAUUGAUCGAUUAGUCCUGAGAGAAGUGAUCGAACAAAUUUUUCAAGGGUUUCUGCACUUCUCUGUUUCUCUCUAAGAGGUUGGCGGCAAAGGGCGAUGGCGUCGCCGAAGGAGGGUUUUCUGACCGAUGAGCAGAGAGAGGUAAUGAAGAUUGCGGCGCAAAAUGUUGAGGUUCUCUCGUCGUCUCCGAGAUCGCCGACUGGGCUGGCCUUGCUGCUACCGGAUCAUAAUAACAAUAAGGGCGGAAGGCAGGUGGCUGCGGGAAACCCGGUGAGGCAUGUCCGCCGCUCGCACUCCGGGAAGGUUGUGAGAGUGAAAAAGGAUGGUGCUGGCGGUAAAGGAACAUGGGGUAAGCUCCUUGAUACUGGUUCUGCAGCACCCCUUGAUCGUAAUGAUAAUGAUCCAAAUUAUGACAGCGGCCAGGAGCCUUAUCAGUUAGUAAGUGCAACUGUCUCUUCCCCACUUGAUGACUACAAAAGGGCUGUGACACCAAUCAUUGAGGAGUAUUUCACCACAGGAGAUGUGGAGCUGGCGGCUUCCGAUCUCAGAGAUCUUUGUUUGGAUGAGUAUCAUCAUUAUUUUAUUAAGAAAUUGAUUUCAAUGGCAAUGGAUAGGCAUGCCAAGGAGAAAGAAAUGGCUUCAGUUUUACUUUCGGCUCUUUAUGCUUAUGUAAUAAGCGCAUGUCAGAUUAGCCAAGGUUUUAUUAUACUUCUUGAGUCGGCAGAGGAUUUGGCAGUUGACAUACUUGAUGCAGUGGAGGUAUUGGCUCUUUUCAUUGCUCGGGCUGUUGUUGAUGAUAUAUUACCUCCUGCAUUUCUCAACAGAGCGAAGAAAGUGCUUCCUGAAAAUUCUAAAGGGCUUCAGGUUGUUGAAAUUGCUGAAAAGAGCUAUCUUUCAGCUCCCCAUCAUGCUGAGUUAGUUGAGCGCAAAUGGGGAGGUAGCACUCACCUCACUGUUGAAGAGGUGAAGAAGAAGAUAUCAGAUCUAUUAAGAGAAUACAUUGAAAGUGGAGAUACAGGAGAAGCUUGUCGAUGCAUUAGGGAAUUAGGCGUCUCAUUCUUCCACCAUGAGGUUGUUAAACGUGCUAUUACCCUUGCCAUGGAGACACCAUCAUCUCAACCUCUGAUCUUUAAGCUUUUGAAAGAAGCUGCUGAAGAAGGUCUAAUCAGCUCUAGUCAGAUGAUAAAAGGAUUCAAUCGGUUUACUGAGAGCCUUGAGGACUUGACUCUUGAUAUUCCUUCUGCCAAAACUGAAUUCCAACAAUUUGUUCCAAAAGCAAUUUCCGAAGGUUGGCUUGACCCUUCCUUCAACUCCUCUGUUGCUAAUACGGACUCCAGAGAUAUAGAAGGAGAGAAGAAAAGAAAAUUUAAGGAAGAAUCUGUAACCAUUAUUCAGGAGUAUUUUUUGUCAGAUGAUAUACCGGAGCUUAUUAGAAGCCUAGAAGAUCUUGCUGCUCCACAGUACUAUCCUAUUUUCAUCAAGAAACUGAUCACACUUGCAAUGGACAGGAAGAACAGGGAGAAGGAGAUGGCAUCUGUUCUACUAUCAGCUCUAGGGAUGGAGAUUCUUUCCACAGUUGACAUUGUAAACGGUUUCAUAAUGCUCCUCGAAUCAGCAGAAGAUACAGCACUUGAUAUUUUGGAUGCCUCAGACGAGCUAGCACUUUUUCUUGCUAGGGCCGUCAUUGAUGAUGUUUUGGCUCCACUAAACCUAGAGGAGAUCAGGAGCAAACUUCCACCAAACUGUAGCGGCAGUGAAACCGUUCACAUGGCUCGCUCUCUUGUUUCAGCCCGUCAUGCAGGUGAAAGACUUCUGAGGUGCUGGGGUGGUGGUACUGGAUGGGCUGUGGAGGAUGCCAAGGACAAGAUCACAAAACUUUUGGAGGAGUUUGAGAGCGGAGGUGACGUUGGGGAGGCUUGCCAAUGUAUCCGUGACCUUGGGAUGCCAUUCUUCAGCCAUGAGGUUGUGAAGAAAGCGUUGGUCAUGGCAAUGGAGAAGAAAAAUGAUAGGCUCUUGGAUCUACUUCAUGAAUGCUUUGGUGAAGGCUUGAUCACUUUGAAUCAGAUGGCCAAGGGAUUCUCUAGGGUCAAGGAUGGUCUUGAUGAUCUUGCUCUUGAUAUCCCAAAUGCAAGGGAGAAAUUUACUUCAUACCUGGAGCAUGCAAAAAUAAAUGGCUGGCUAUUAUUAUCUUCCUCUCUGUUUCCAUCGGAGGCGUCUAUAUCAGCCUAGAAAGUAGCAAUUUCCUCAAGCAAUUAUUGCUUUGUUUUGCCAUUAUUUCUAUGCUGUUUUCUUCUUUUUUUUUUUUUAAAGUCACCUGGAAGGGGUAAGCUGGAAUGGUUCUAUCAAUGGACAUGCUGUUGGUCCUUUACUGUGCGAGGCUACAGUUGGCAUCCACAGGAAUCAAAAUAGAGCUGGUUUUGAGCUUUUGGCUUUUGGAAACAAGCUUGGGAUCUGUUUACAGGGAAAGGGAAUCUAUGUUCAAGCUCCCGCUUUAGUUUGUUCUGUUUACUAGUACGAAACAUAGUCUGGACUUUUUUUUUGUUUUGCCUCUUCUAUAUGCCCAGAUGUUUCCUGUUUUUGGUUUUAGAAAAUGAAA